UCCACAGUAUGAGAUAGUCGUUCUACAGAAUCGCCACUCCGAACCCAUCAAGCAACAUGUUGGUGUUCUUCUCCCUUGUCGUGUCUUUGUCACUUGCGUCCGCAACGGCGAACCGUGUGCCGCGCAGCUGUGGGGCUUGCGAACUCAGCCUGUGCGACCCUAUACCAGAAGAGGGCUGCAAGUUUGGCACGAUUUUCGACUCCUGUGGGUGCUGUUCAUUUUGCGCGUCUGGAGAGGGAGAGCCAUGCGGGGGACGCGGAUCCACGGCCAAGCGUUGCGCCUCUGGGCUGGAGUGCGUAAAGAGCGACAAGGACAAGAAGACGAAGUUCGGCGUUUGCGCAUGCAAGACCAACUACGAAGUGUGUGGUUCAGACGGAGUGACAUAUAAAACUGGCUGUGAAUUGAAAGUAGAAAGUCUGAAAGCCUUGAGCGAGGAAAGGCCGGAAGUCAGAAUCCUAAAUAAAGGGAAAUGCGCAAAAGCACCUGUCAUUGUGACACCCCCCGGCGAGAUCUACAAUGUCACUGGCUCUCAGGUCUACCUGAGCUGUGAGGCCAGUGGAAUCCCCACACCUGUGGUCACCUGGAAGAAGGUCACCAGUGGAAAACAGAGAACGGACCUGCUUCCAGGGGACAGGGAAAAUCUGGCAGUCCAGAUCCGUGGAGGACCCGAGAAACACGAGGUCACCGGCUGGGUCCUGAUUUCACCUCUCUCCGAAGAAGAGGCGGGCUCGUACGAGUGUAGCGCUGUUAACGCUAAAGGAGAAGCCUCGGCGGUGGGGACCAUUCACGUGGUGGAGUCCAUCGAUGACAUCCCUGUCAAGAAAGUGACUAAGGAUGGCGACUCAGAGGAGUAGGGCCACAAGUGGCACCUCCUGUCCGGACCAGGAGAGGAGGGAGCAACCCCACUGCCCCGCCACUGACCCGAAGAGGAGCAACGCCACAUCUAGCAACACGCAGAGAUCAGAUUUCAAUUUGACCAAUCACGUUCAGAGUGCUGUGUCCGCACGACUAAACCGGCUUAUCUCACGUCAUCAAACGUUGCCAUCUUAGACAGCCCCCCACGAUACGCUUAAUAGCACGGCGUUUCACGUGUCUGCUUCACCCUUCCUCACCCCUCCUCCUCUUCUUCUUCAUGUAGGUUGCCAUCUUCUUUUGAAUCAUUUGUGCUCUUUAAAUCAAACUUCUAUCUCAUCAGGAAUACUAGCCUGGACGUUGGACUGCUUCUGCACUCAAAUAUAAUUGCAAGACAAUCACUGGUUGGCCGAGGCGAAAAUACUGAUAGCCAGGCAAAAAAUAACUAAAAUGGCAAAGUAAAUAUUUUAUUAAUAUUAAUAAAUUGAAAGACAUUACAUCAAGUCCCUUAUUAACUACACAUUAUAAAUGUCAUUGUGUUUCCAUAGGUGUUGCUAUGUUAUUACCAGGUUAAACAGCAUCAGUUAUAACAUCUGUAAUUACACAUCUACUUGCUGACGGUUUUGUCACAAACAGUGUGUAACGUUGUCUUGCCCCGCUGUGUUACCCCUUGGAUGAUGUUGCAAUCUCACGUUUGGACGUCACACGUCACGUGAAUAACUCAAACUAAAACCUGUCCGUGUUAAAUGUUCCUGCUCGAUGAGACUCCCUUCAGAUCCACAGCUAACAUCGGGUUGGAAAUCUGAAUGCGCGUUCUCAAUGUUUCCCACACGGCCCCGCCUGGAGGACUGGCGUGAGUACCGGGUCUCUAAGGCAAGAGGCAUCCUUCCAUCAAAUGUAAACAAAAUCCCCCAUAGUUAUCGGACAAUAUUGUGCAUGAUGUAUGUACUGACACCAACCAAGUCCCCUCCCUGAUUUCAUUGUGUGGGACAAAUGAGGUACUGUUACCAUUUAUAAUAGUACAAAGUUAAUUAUGGCACAUAAGACAUUAAGUGGGUGUUUUGCACAGUCCUUAAUUCAAUAAACAAAUAAACCCUGUUACCAUAUAAUUACAUAUGUCUAACCCUGUUACCAUGUAAUUACAUAGCAUUACUCCUAAACCCUGUUACCAUGUAAUUACACUGCAAUUUCUUGUUGACUACGUUGUUACUACAGGUAUUACUGUAGUUACAAAAAUCAUGAAUUAAGAAAUUCUAAUUUGUAUAUUGUAAUAUUUCUAAGCCAACCUCUCUUCUCUUUGACAUCCCUGAAAAGUACACAUCUUUUGUUUCCGUGACACGGCCCUUGGAACGCCACGAAGAGCCUUCACAGAUGCUGAUGGCCCAACAUCUAAAGCCUAGAAUCCCAGCGCUUAUAACAGCGGUAUAGCAACCAAGCCAGGUAUAGGAUGUGGGGGGUGAAUUUAUCAGAAGGUACAUUGACUGAAGUGGGACACGGUUGAGAAAGAAAAAUCUGUUGUGGUGUUACAGAUCCAAGGUGCUAUUUCUAGAAGUUGCCAACACAUUCAGUUUUCUACAUGUAUGAUUUGUUGUGCUCACGUGGAUACGGCUUACUAACUCUGGUGUUACAAUGUGACUUGUGCUGUAUACCACUAACAAUAAAACAAACUACAAGUUGUGGCUAUUUGAA